CGAGACAGGAAGGGAACCUGUGAUUCUGAGUGAUCCUGGGUUGUCUCAGGUUCACAUGUUUAUCAAUAUUUGCUUCGUAGUUGCCUUCUUUACAGGGUUCAAAUUCUUUCAUAAUUAUAUUACUUUUUACUUUUAGUUUUGUAUGUAAAAUGUUCCUCUUCGUUCAUUUGGAUUUAGUUUCGGAUCCCUAAGUCAAAACAUCUAUUCAGAGAAAGCUUGAUCGUGGUGUGAAAGAUGAAGACAAUUGCUGAAACUUGUAUCUUAAUGCUUUCCUGCAUUUUGGUUUAUUCAGGGGAUAGGGUCCAUGCUUUGUCAUAUGAUUACUCUGCUACAACAGAGUGCUUGGCAGAUCCCCAAAGAACUCAUUUUGGAGGAGGAAUCAUAGUCAAUCCAGAGUUUAAUCAGGGAACAAAAGGGUGGACUGUAUUCGGACAAGGAGCCAUCAAAGAAGGAACAUCGGAAAGAGGCAAUAAGUUUAUUAUGGCUUGCAGUAGAACACAAUCUCUGGACAGUUUCUCCCAGAAGGUUCAACUUGAGAAAGGAAAACUAUAUAGUUUUUCCGCUUGGGUUCAAAUCAGUGAAGGAAGUGAGACUGUUCUUGCUGUAUUUGAGACUCCUGAUGGUAAACUAAUACAUGGUGGUAAAGUUGUAGCUAAGCAUGGUUGCUGGUCUUUGCUCAAAGGUGGCCUAGUUGCCAAUUUCACAGGCCUUGUGCAGAUUCUUCUUGAGAGCAAGAAUACGAAAGUGGAAAUAUGGGCUGACAAUGUCUCAUUACAGUCAUUCACUGAGGAGCAAUGGCGAUUGCACCAAGACAAAAGCAUUGAAAAGGUGCGAAAGCGCAAGGUAAGAUUCCAGUUGAUUUAUGCCAACAAAACUUCAAUGGAAGGUGCUAUUGUCUCCAUCAAGCAAAUCAAGUCAGGCUUUCCAUUUGGAUGCGGAAUGAAUCACUAUAUCCUCAAAGACACGGAUUACCGGAAAUGGUUCCUCUCAAGAUUCAAGUUCACCACUUUCACAAAUGAAAUGAAAUGGUAUAGCACAGAGAUAAAACAAGGACAAGAAAACUAUACAAUUGCUGAUGCUAUGGUAAAAUUCGCCAAACAGAAUGGCAUUUCUAUAAGAGCUCACAACAUUUUCUGGGACAAUCCAAAGAAGCAGCCUCAAUGGGUUAAGACUCUUUCUCCUGGGGAGUUACGAAAAGCAGCGGCGAAAAGAAUGAAUUCGGUGACUUCAAGAUAUGCAGGAAAGCUAAUUGCGUGGGAUGUAGUGAAUGAGAAUCUGCAUUUCAGAUUCUUUGAGGAUAAACUCGGUGAAAACGCUUCAGCAGAAUUCUACAAAAAAGCUUACCAGCUUGAUCCAAACACAACAAUGUUCAUGAAUGAAUAUAACACCAUUGAGUCUGCUGGAGAUGAGAAAGCAAAUGCAUUCCAAUACAAAAAGAAACUCAAGGAGAUUUUAUCAUAUCCAGGAAAUUCUGCAGUGUCAUUAGGAAUUGGAUUGCAAGGUCAUUUUGAUUAUGAACAACCAAACAUUGCUUACAUGAGAUCUUCCUUAGACAUUCUCGGAUCAAUGAAAUUGCCCAUAUGGCUUACAGAAGUAGAUGUGAAAGCCGGCCCCAAUCAGCCAAAAUACUUGGAGGAGGUACUCAGGGAGGCUUAUUCUCAUCCUGCAGUUCAAGGGAUUAUCACAUUUGCAGGCCCAAAAAGUGCUGGUUUUAAUGAAAUGCCUCUAGUCGACAAUGACUACAAGAAUACAGCAGCUGGAGAUGUUGUGGACAAGCUGCUUGCAGAAUGGAAAUCCAGCACUCUGGAAAUUGUUGCGAGUAGUACAGGAUUCUCUGAACUUUCAUUGUUUCAUGGAGAUUACAGUGUAACUGUUAAAAACCCGGUUACCAAUACAUUAACUUCUGUCAAUUUUAAGGUGACAAAUGACCUUCCGCAAGGAACAUUCCAAGUUCAGAUUGAUCUUUGAUUCCUCAAUAAUUUUGAUCUCACAUUCUCGCAUAACUGCUGUCAAUUUUAAGGUGAUUUUUAUUAGAUAAUAAUAUUGUAUAUUGU